GGCCAUGGCGGAGGUGACGGUGUCUAAGGCUGCGCAGGAGCCGCCCCAGGCCGAGAAGCCGCAAGACGCUUCGUCUGAUAAUGCGCCUACUAGCGAGGAGGAGCAGAGCAAUGACGAGGAGGACGUGCAGCCCCAGAGCUCUGAUGAGGAAGACGAGACCCACGACGCCGUGGGCUUUGGAGAUGCGAUGAGCAAGAUUCUCGGCCAGAACGUGGCGGAAGACGCGCUGCCGAUUCUGGCCAAACGUACGACGGCGCGUAUGCGUGAGAUUCAAAGUGACAAGAAGGAAACGAAGACGGCGCGACUGAGUGCUGCUGAGAAGCGCGAACGUGAGCAGAAGGACAUGGCAGUACCUGACCAUACGACGGCGGUACAGGACCGAAAGCUGCGUAUGAUCGCGACGAAAGGAGUGGUGGCUCUGUUUAACGCCAUUGAGAAGCACCAACAUCAGGGCGGCAAGAAGGAGGACAAGAACGACAAAAAGGUCAAGGAGAUGUCCAAGGACAACUUCUUGGGUCUGCUUAAGGCUUCGCAACAGAAGACUACAGCGAAACCUGCCGCUAAGAGCUCGUGGUCUGUGGUGCAGGACGACUUUAUGAUGGGCGCCAAGCUCAAGGACUGGGACAACCAGCACGGCAAAGAGGUGGGAAGAGUGCGGCAAACGGGCGACGUUGACGUCGAGGCGGCGGAGGAUGUGGCGUGGAAACAAGCCGGAGACGCGUUGGAUAGCGACAACGAGGCAGUAGAAACCAGCAAACCCACCAAGCGACGGACAUCCGCGUCUUCUAAGCGCAGCAAGAAGGUUAAGCGCUCAUAG